UGCCCUAGAUCUUAAAGACAAGGAGGAUCAAAUUAUACUUUUUUGAGAUCUGGGUUCGGACAAAGAUUCUGUCUUUCUGCAUUCUCUACCGUUUCGAUUCAGCUCGAGGCAAUGCCAAUCUAAAAGGAGUAGGUGAAAAAAGAUUCAAUUUUUGUAUGCCUAUCAAUUAGAAAGGAGAAGAGGGGAGGUGGUUAGAUUGGUUUCAAUGGGUGAGACGCAGAAGAUUUUGCAAGGGCCACGUCACCACACAUCUCUGAAGAAGCCCUUAUGGGUUGUUUUGACAGUCUCAGUGACCAGCAUGCUUCUAAUCUGUACUCACAUGUAUCCAAAACAUGGCAAGAGCUCCUCGUGUCACGGCCUCUAUAGCACCAGAGGCUGUGAGGAUGCUCUCUCUAAGUGGCUACCUGUUCAUGUCAGGAAAUUCACUGAUGAGGAGAUAGCAGCUCGAGCAGUGGUUAGAGACAUACUAAGAACGCCUCCCUUCAUAACCAAUAACUCCAAAAUCGCUUUCUUGUUCUUGACUCCCGGUACUUUGCCAUUUGAGAAGCUCUGGGAUGAAUUUUUCAAGGGUCAUGAAGGGAAAUUCUCGAUAUAUAUCCACCCGUCAAAGGAACGACCAGUUCACAUCAGCCGUCACUUUUCUGAUCGAGAGAUUCACAGUGAUGAGGUUACUUGGGGAAGGAUUUCUAUGGUUGAUGCUGAGAAGCGGUUACUGGUUAGCGCUCUUGAAGAUCCUGACAACCAACACUUUGUUCUUGUUUCAGAGAGUUGUAUUCCGUUGCAUACUUUUGACUACACUUAUAGAUAUUUGUUGUACUCCAACGUUAGCUUCAUUGAGAGUUUUGUGGAUCCGGGUCCACAUGGAACCGGUAGACAUAUGGAACACAUGUUACCAGAAAUCGCCAAGGAAGAUUUUAGAAAGGGUGCUCAGUGGUUCACAAUGAAGCGACAACACGCGAUUAUAGUGAUGGCCGAUGGUCUUUACUACUCAAAAUUCCGCGAGUAUUGUGGACCUGGAAUAGAGGCCGACAAGAACUGCAUUGCCGAUGAACAUUACUUGCCAACAUUCUUCAAUAUGAUUGAUCCCAUGGGGAUCUCAAAUUGGUCAGUGACGUUUGUUGAUUGGUCUGAACGAAGGUGGCAUCCAAAGACAUACGGAGGAAACGAGAUUUCAUUAGAAUUUAUGAAAAAUGUCACAUCCGAGGACAUGAGUGUACAUGUCACCAGUGUGGGGAAGCAUGGAGAUGAGCUGCAUUGGCCUUGUACAUGGAACGGGAUUAAACGGCCUUGCUAUCUAUUUGCAAGAAAGUUCCAUCCUGAUACUCUCGACACAUUGGUCAACCUCUUCCCAAACUACACAAACACAGCUGUCUGAGAGAGGAUUCUUGAACCAAACACACACAUUCUUGGACCUAAUUGUGUUCCAAAUAUGUCUCAGAGAUGGAUAUUUUAGAUACUGUAAAUUUUCUGAAGAAACUGAAAUUAUUCUUGGAUUUUGAUGUUUCUUGAUGAAACUAAAAGCCUGGUUAUAUGCAAUUAGAGCAGAAAUUUUUGGUUAUAAGAGUUUCAUUUUUGUGAUUUCCCUGUUGGUUUGGUCGUUAUUAAUUGGUUUAUGUUACAUGGAAUUGUAAUAACUUAAGCUAUCAUCAACAAAGAGUGUUGAAAUCUUGAAAGUGGUUUAUUUCUCUGUGAUGACGAGUGGAGCCCGAGGAACCGUGGGCUGUAGCGGUGAGCAGUGCCAGUCUUUACCGUCUUUGACUACUGAGAAAUGUUUGGGAACCCAUGACUCACCAGAAGCCUCUCUCUGUUUCAGAGCCUCUCUCUGCUUCUCCUCCACAAGUAUCUUAGCUUCUCUUGCUCUUUCCCAAUCUUUCUUCAGUAUUCCUUCACUUACUUCACUCCACACUAUUGUCGACUCGCUCUCCAUUACCUCCUGCAGAUUCUUGACAGUUGGAGGUUUGAGUCCUGUGAUAUUCUCAUUGGCAUUGUAGAUAACCUCGAGCCCACCAGUCUUCAGAUUUUUUGCCAUUACCGUU